CGCUCUCCAGGGGAGGGAGGGCGGAGAGGUAGGUGGGUGGGCAGUGUGCGCCUGCGCGGAACCCCGCGGUCCGGUCCUGAGCAGGAACGGCUAGGGGUGGCUGGCGGUUGCCGUGGGGACCCGGCCGCGCCCCUCCUUCCCCGCCCACCCCACCAGUUCUACGGGCUCCCUAGCCCCGGUCAGACCUUGCUCUAGCUGACUGACCCCUGCUCCUCCCCUCUCCUUCACCCCCCACCCCCGGCCCCCGAGCUGCAGCCGGAGACCGGGGGAAGAGGCGGCGCCCGCUUCCCAAGAUGUCGCAGACGGCCAUGUCCGAGACCUACGGAUUAUACUCAACUUUACUGGAUUUUUUAUUCAAAUUCCUGGUAAUUGGAAAUGCAGGAACUGGCAAAUCGUGCUUACUUCAUCAGUUUAUUGAAAAGAAAUUCAAAGAUGACUCAAAUCACACUAUAGGUGUGGAGUUCGGUUCAAAGAUAAUAAAUGUAGGUGGUAAAUAUGUAAAAUUACAGAUAUGGGAUACAGCAGGACAAGAACGAUUCAGGUCUGUGACAAGAAGUUACUAUAGAGGUGCAGCAGGAGCUUUGUUAGUCUAUGACAUUACCAGCCGAGAAACCUAUAAUGCACUUACCAAUUGGUUGACAGAUGCAAGAAUGCUAGCAAGUCAAAAUAUUGUCAUAAUACUCUGUGGGAAUAAAAAAGAUCUGGAUGCAGAUCGUGAAGUUACUUUCUUAGAAGCCUCUCGGUUUGCCCAAGAAAAUGAGCUUAUGUUUUUGGAAACAAGCGCGCUAACAGGGGAGAAUGUGGAAGAAGCCUUUGUUCAGUGUGCAAGAAAAAUACUCAAUAAAAUUGAAUCAGGUGAACUGGAUCCAGAAAGAAUGGGCUCAGGUAUUCAAUAUGGAGAUGCUGCCUUAAGACAGCUUAGAUCACCACGUCGCGCACAAGCCCAAAGUGCUCAAGAGUGUGGCUGUUAAAAUUUUGGACACUAUAAAAACCUAAGCUCUAUAUACAAAUGAUAUUUGGGAAGCAACUGAUGAAGCUUCAAGGUUCUGCCGUUUUUAUCACAAUCUUUCUACUCUGUGUCUGAAGUAAACCAUUGCUGGGGGAAAAAUAAAAGUACUUCAAGGUGUUAUGCAAGAUAGUCAAUAUGGCACAGCAGAUUAUAUAAUAAAUCUAAUUCAAUGGACAGUACAAUUAGAUGUAUACAUAGAUGUAAAAAUUUUCUGUUCCACAUUUUCCCUUUCACUUUUCAUUUAAACAUUGCUGUAUCCUGCCUGUAUAUACUGUAGUGCAGUAAGUUUCCAAAGCAUGGUAUAUGAUGUAUGAUAUAAUAGAAUGUUGCACUAAAUGCAGUUUAAUAUUUUUUUUAAUCAUACAAACUAAAAUUUGUUAAUUGUGAGGAGCGCUUUUUAUCAUCAUGUUUGUGUUGUAUUGCACAUUUGGUUAUAUUUAUGACCUGAAAUACAAAGCCACUGGCAUUGUUGGUCAGUGCAUUUCCUAUUUAAUUUUUUUUUUUUGCCACAUGCUACACAAUGUUUACGUGAUUUACACUUGAAAUACAAUGAGGUCAUUACUUUAAAGUUCACUAAUAUAAAAAAAUAAAAUUGGAAAAUGAUUUUUCCAUUGAAAAUGCACCUGUACAGGUUUCUGUUGGUUUUUGAGGUAUUUUCCACGCUUAGCCAAACAUACUAAAAACAUAUAUUAUACUCCUUUGAAAAAUUUCAUUUGACCUUGGAUCUUCAAAACUCUUCAUUUAUAAACAUAAACAACAGAGUCUUUUUUUUUUUCAUCUAGCUUAAUGACUAGAAUCUGGAUCAUUUGGGGGUUGGUUUGUUUGUUUAAUCAACAUCAUAGCAUCAAUGUCCCUACUCUGUUAUGUUAUUAUUUCAUGACCAUUCUUUAGAAAACUAUUACAUUGAGCUAAUUUUAAGAAAUUUUUAGAUAGUUUCCCCAGAUAUCUAAGCUUCCAUUCUUAUAUUUUUUUCUGUCAUGGCAUGCAUUUAAAAUCAUAGUAAUGAUGUAUGAUGAGUUAUCUGUGUAUCUCAGGUAUGAGUCAAAACUACACGAUACAAACAUACAUGAGUUCAAGCUAAGAUGCCUUAUUGCAAUUCUCGCUUUUCGGUGGUUUUUAAUUCACGUAACAUUAUCAACAUGUAAAUUAUAUUUUCAAUUUUAAAAAAAGAAUUGUUCUAACAUUUUAAUAUAUCACUACUUUAAAGGAAUCUCUCUAUGCAUAUAUGCUUAUGUGGGUAUAUAGUCAAUGGAAUGUUUAUACUUAAAUGCAAUUUUAAGUCUGGUACUAAAAGUACAAAAAACAUUCUUCAGCUUACAUAUUUCUUGUUCUUUCCUUCUCUGGUGACUUUUCCUUGUUGUAAGUGAUUGAUAGCAGCCACUCAGUUCAUCUCACUUGAUCUUUUAUUAAAAGCCAUUCACUGUUCUGAUUUACUAAUGAGCUGAGAUUGAGGAUGCAGCUAACAAAUGAAUGAUGGUUUUGGUGAAGGAAUCAGUAUGUAUUUGUUUUAGGCAUUUUCACUUUGCUUUUAGUGCCUUCAGUAUCUUAUUUUGAAAAAUGUUGAAUGAGAUUCUCAAUUUAAUAUUUUUCUUGGCAAUUUAAGUUAAGGAAAUACAUUUCACUCAAAAUAUUCUUUUCCUUUGACCCCUCACUUUUGAACGAUCUGUCAACUUGGAUUCACUAAUUUUUAGGUAGCUUUUUUGCAUGGAAUUAUAAAUGUUUUUAACAAGAUCUUAUGUCAGCGUGAAAAAAAGAGCUUUUAAUUUUGAUUAAACUUAAAACUUUGGGGUGGAAAGUAGAUUGACUGUAUUGCUAAACCACGGCUACUGUGUGCCUCUUUGCAAUGAUAAAAGCUUCUGGCAAACUAAGCCAGUAAGGACUCUUGCUACUGGGAAGCAGGAAUAGGAGAGCGAAAUUGUUCAGAGUUACUUAUUCCAGUAACUAAGUACUGGUUAUGGGACUAUCAAGAAGCAUUUGCUUUUUCAGCCCCUCGAUUAUUUGAAUGGUAGCAGAGCUGAAAUUUUAGAAUACGUGCUAGAAAAAAAUCCUGAGGUCUGUUUGGAAUUAGAAUUGUGGAUUAAUUUUUAAAAUUUACUUCUUCAUUGGUAAGACAAAAGAAUCUUCAGAGAAGUGUGUAGUUGUCAUUAUAUUUAGACUCUUUUAGAAAUCUAGUUAAGGAAACCAAUAUUUUUAUACAGGGGUAUUCCAGCAAAAUUAGAAACUCUGAUGAUUUAUUUCAUACUGCAAUAAACUGCAUCUAUUUUCUGUCUAGUUCAAAAGAUUCAUAUGAAUGCUGGACUCAUUAUGUACCAACAAGUAUCUUUUUGCUAAUGUAACUAUUCUCAUACACACAGCUGUAUGGCCUCCUUUGUUACUCUGUAACUUUUGCAUUGGAUUAACAUCCUGCAAAGGAAUUCAUGCAAACGGUGGUCCUGCCACAGUUACAUUGAGGGGGAUGUGGCUGAAUUUCUGAGCUCUCAACAUCCUCCCUCUAAGACUUAUUGAUACUGUUUAUUGAUAUAAAGUAACCUAGGUAGGAGUCUUUUCUAAUGCAAUCAUUACAAAUCUAAGAACUAAAAUACUUCCUCCUCCCUUAUUUCACUAUUAUAAAAGACUGAUAUUUCAGUCUUAGAACUGAAAAAAUAAAUCUUUUUAAGAAGUAGAGCAUUUGUAUUGGUGGCCCAGUAAUUAAAUAGUAUGGCAUUUUCAUGGAAACCUACGUGGUUCAGGUGUUUUGUAUUUAAGGCAUUUACAUUCUUAGUGAAUGCCAUUUUUGCCUAAAGAGACUUUCUCCCAACCCCUGUAUUAUAAGUAGUAUACUUAAUUGUUAGAAUGUUCUCAUGUGUCUCCUGUCUGUUGUAAUUACUGAAUCAUAUUUUUUAUUUAUAAAGAAUUUUGUAAUGGUAGGCAUGUAGCUUGAACAUGUGCUUAUUUAGCCAACUUAAGGCAAGAGUUUAGUCAUAUCAUAAACUUAUUAGAUUCACAAAAAGAUUUGUUCAGAUUCUAGGAUUGCCACUGUAUGUGUACACAGUUUGUUUUUCAGGCUUUCAAGGCACAAAAACAUUCCUCUUUCUUUUAUUUUGAUCUACACUAAAACAUUUGUGGAGGACACGCCAUGUUUAUUUCAGUCCUAGAAAGCUUUAUGAAUUUUGAAUAGUACUGGAACAGCCAUAUACUUUGUUCUUCUGAGCACUGGACCCACUACAGGAAAAAUGCUAAAAGAACAGCUUACUCCUUUUAAGAGUCAUCUUAAGUUUAUCCUCAGAGUUUAAAAAAAAAGUCUUCUGAAGACUAAGGUAGACGCAAAGGCAGCACGAAAAAGCCACAUUUCACCAAAAUAACAGUCUCCUUUUGUUAACUUCAACUUAUCUUCCUUCCACAAGUUGUUUAAGGUACUGAGAUAUAAGCCUUAAAAUAAGCCUGGUAUGUUCAAUUGGGAGGAGAAAGAGAGGGCAAAUGAAGUUGUUAAUCCAAUCAGUUAAAUGAUCCAAAUAUUCAGAGAAGUUAGAUCCAUAAAAGUUUGAUUCUUCACUUCACAGCUUCCAUACCUUCAUUUAAAGAGAACUGACAAAAAUAAAAAAUUUAAAUCUGCUUAUGGCACUAAAUAAACCAUUUUUAAAAUACA